UCAGUAGCGGCGCUAAGCGCAGGCGGGGAACAAGAAACCAAGAGCCGAAGCCCAAGCUACCUCAGUGCAGUGUAGCCGGGGCACUAGCCCGCUUGCAGCUUCAGGAUUAGCCGGAGGACACGUCCCUAGAGCAGCUGCUGCCCAGCCACCCUCACCUGGAUUACUUAUCGCGGUAGCUGGAGUGGAGCUAGCUAGACAGCUCGGGGUAGAGCAGCGUCCAAGCGGAGCUCGGCUUUUCAGGGCCCCCUCCCGCGGGCGGACGCGCGGGAAAGCCGCGUCCCUAGCAGAGCCGAUUUCAAGGCCCGCGGGUGGAAAGAGCGACGCCCCUGAGGAUGGCAGCCGGGAUCCGGAGCGCCUCUAGCUGGGCUCUACUGCUGCUGGUGGCACUUUGGCAGCAGAGCGCUGCCGGCUCCGGGGUCUUCCAGCUGCAGCUGCAGGAAUUCUUCAAUGAGCGCGGCGUCCUAGCCAAUGGACGGUCGUGCCAGCCCCGAUGCCGAACUUUCUUCCGCGUCUGCCUUAAGCACUUCCAGACUGUCGUCUCGUCCGGGCCCUGCACCUUCGGCAGUGUCUCAACACCGGUGUUGGGCACCAACUCCUUCGUCGUCGAGGAGGACAGUAGCGGCGGGGGCCGCAAUCCUCUCCAACUGCCCUUCAAUUUCACCUGGCCGGGUACCUUUUCACUUAUCAUCGAGGCUUGGCACGCGCCGGGAGACGACCUGCGGCCAGAGGCCUUGCCAGCAGAUGCGCUCAUCAGCAAGAUCACCAUCCAGGGGUCCCUAACUGUGGGCCACAACUGGUUACCGGAUAAGCAGACCAGCUCACUCAGCAGCUCACUCACCAGCCCACUCACAAGGCUGCGCUAUUCUUACCGGGUCAUCUGCAGUGACAACUACUAUGGGGACAGCUGCUCAAUCCUGUGCAAGAAGCGCAAUGACCACUUCGGCCACUAUGUGUGCCAGCCAGAUGGCAGCCUGUCCUGCCUGGCCGGCUGGACUGGGAAUUAUUGCGAACAGCCGAUCUGUCUUUCUGGCUGUCAUGAACAGAACGGCUACUGCAGCAAGCCAGCCGAGUGCCUCUGCCGCCCAGGCUGGCAGGGCCGCCUAUGUGAUGAAUGUAUUCCCCACAAUGGCUGUCGCCAUGGCACCUGCAACACUCCCUGGCAAUGUACCUGCGAUGAGGGCUGGGGAGGCCUGUUCUGUGACCAAGAUCUCAACUAUUGCACCCACCAUUCUCCGUGCAAGAAUGGGGCAACGUGCUCCAACAGUGGGCAGCGGAGUUACACCUGCACCUGCCGCCCGGGCUACACGGGCGUGGACUGUGAGCUGGAGCUAAGCGAGUGUGACAGCAACCCCUGUCGUAAUGGAGGCAGCUGUAAGGACCAAGAAGACAGCUACCUUUGCCUGUGUCCCCCGGGCUACUAUGGUCAGCACUGUGAACACAACACCUUGAGCUGCGCAGACUCUCCCUGCUUCAACGGGGGAUCCUGCCACGAGCGCAACCAGGGGGCUAGUUAUGCAUGUGAAUGCCUCCCGAACUUCACUGGCUCCAACUGCGAGAAGAAAGUGGAUAGGUGCACCAGCAACCCGUGUGCCAAUGGAGGCCAGUGUCUGAACCGAGGUCCAAACCGCCUAUGCCGCUGCCGUCCCGGAUUCACAGGUGCCCACUGUGAACUUCCCACCAGCAGCUGUGCCCGCAGCCCUUGUGCCCAUGGUGGCACUUGCCACGACCUGGAGAAUGGGCUCUUGUGCACUUGCCCUCCUGGCUUCUCAGGUCGACACUGUGAGGUUCGGAUACCCAGCGACGCCUGUGCCUCGGGGCCCUGCUUCAAUGGGGCCACCUGCUAUACUGGCCUCUCCCCAAACAACUUCAUCUGCAACUGCCCCUACGGCUUUUUGGGCAGUCGCUGCGAGAUCCCUGUGGACAUGCCGCCCAGCUUCCCCUGGGUGGCUGUCUCCCUGGGUGUGGGACUGGUUGUGCUGCUGGUGUUGCUGGGCAUGGUGGCUGUGGCUGUGCGGCAGCUGCGACUUCGGCGGACAGACGACGGCAGCAGAGAGACCAUGAACAACUUGUCGGACUUCCAGAAAGACAACCUGAUCCCCGCUGCUCAGCUCAAGAACACAAACCAGAAGAAGGAGCUGGAAGUUGACUGUGGUCUGGACAAGUCUAACUGUGGGAAGCAGCAGAAUCAUACAUUGGACUACAAUCUGGCCCCAGGGCUCCUGGGGCGGGGCACCCUGCCAGGGAAGUUUCCCCACAAUGACAAGAGCUUAGGGGAGAAGGCACCAUUGCGGUUAUACAGUGAAAAGCCAGAGUGUCGGAUAUCAGCGAUAUGCUCCCCCAGGGACUCCAUGUAUCAGUCCGUGUGUUUGAUAUCAGAGGAGAGGAACGAAUGUGUCAUUGCCACGGAGGUAUAAGGCAGAAGCCUAAUCAGGACAUCCAGCUUCAGCCCAGCCGCUGGACCUUCCUUCUGCAUUGUUUACAUUGCAACCUGGAUGGGACGUUUUUAAUAUGCAACGUGCUGCUCUCAGGAGGAGGAGGAGGGAACGGCAUGAACUGGGCAGACUGUGAACUUGCCAAGAGAUGCAGUACCCUUCCACACCUUUGGGUGUCUGUCUGGUAUCAGCUUGGCAACCGCAACAGCCAAGAGAACAAAGGAGAGGAGAGGUGCCACUUGGGCCUGCGCUGGCAGCAGUGGCCUUCAGAGUGCUCCUUCGGGGCCUUUGACCUCUUUUCCAGAGGGGGUGGCAGUGGGCUCUUGGGGCCUGGAGCUGCUGGCGUCUGUUUCUGAAGAUGCCUUUGGACCAGGCUCCCUGGUAACACCUGGGUUCAAAUAGAGAAGAGAGAGGGGACCAACAAGGGCAGGACCCCAUAUGGGCCAGAACACC